GACGCUACUGGGAUGCAGAGAGCGCCGUCUGCCUGGCGUGCCCCGCCGGGUCUUCGACGUUGCAGGAGGGAGCCACCGGCCUUGGGUCCUGCACCUGCAUCCCCGGCUUCUUCAACACGCAGCCUGACAACCCGGCAGUUUGUGAAUCCUGCGGCGUGGGCUUCUUCUGCACUGGGGGCCUGCAGACCCGCCAGCCUUGUGCCUCAUCCCAAACCACCGCGAGCGACACUUCAGCCGACGAGUCUUCUUGCGUUUGCAGAGCCGGCAGCUUCUUGGAAGACGGGCUUUGCACUCCAUGUCCCGUUGGAUUUUUCAAGGGCAGCGUUGGAGACUUCCGGUGCUCGCCGUGCGGCAGUGGCACCUUCAGUAACGGCACUGGCAACACAGAGCGUUGCAGAUGCCUUCCAGGCUAUGGCUUGGACGAGGAGAUAAACAAGUGCACCGAAUGCGCUCCGGGCGAAUACAAAGCGCUGGUGGGAGACACCCCCUGCAGCAGGUGUUCCAGCAACAAGACCUCGGCGGAGGGCGCCACAUCUCCCCUUGAUUGUCGAUGCCGCUCAGGUCUGGCAGAAGAGGGCCAAGCCUGCCGAGUUUGCAGAGCAGGCUUCUUUUGCCCGGGCCAGGGUGAAGAGAUACGGUGCCCAGAGAAUGCCACCUCACGCGCUGGCUCCCUCCAACAAGCAGACUGCUUGUGCAACCCGGGGUACUAUGCCCUUGAAGCUCGGGCCAUCUGUGAGCCUUGCCAACCUGGACGCUACAAGCCCACGCUGGCUAACGAUCCAACGUGCCCAUUACAGUGCCCCACAAAUGGCGAGAGUGCCAAUGCGUCCACCGAUUUGAGAGACUGUUUCUGCGUGGCGGGAUUCUAUGCAGUUCUGGAUGGAGCAGGAUGGUUAGCCAGGUGCGCCAGUUGUGCCUUCCUUCCUCAUCUGCAGUGCUUGGGUGGUUUUCACACUCAGGCGGGCAUCACUCAGACUGGCAACCACACGCUGCCUGUCGCUCGGCCGGGGCACUUCCAGACAGGACAGACCAUCACCGUGAAGUGCACCGCGGUCACGGCCACUGGCCUAAGCACUUGCCUCGGAGGGCAGCCGUGCGAACAAGAUGACGCAGUGGACUGCUUCGGUAGGUAUGGCAAUGCCUGCGACGAAGGCUCCACUGGCUUCUUAUGUGGCGAGUGCCCAUACGGCUGGGCCAGGAGUGCCUUCCAGCGGCCCUGCGAACCGUGUGCUACCAGUUCUGCUAUGCCACUGAUUGCCGCAGUUAUCAUCGAUGUUGGGACGAAGGCCACCGUCAGCUUCGUCGUGGCGUCCAUGGCGGCAACAGCUGCCGUCAGAGCAAGCAGCAAGCUUCACACAGUUAUGAUCCGCAUCGCCACCCAGUGGCUGGCUGUCUGCUCGGUGCUGGCAACCUUCGACCUGACCCAGAUACCUAUCAACGAGGACACGGAGACCUGGUCCAGAGAGGAGGAUGCUCGGCUCUUCCCGUGGCCCGCACAGGUCACCGCAGCGAUGCUAGGCCUCUUCGAGACCCUCACGCUGACCCCCGUCUUGACCUCCAUCGACUCGGCAGCGCAGUGCCUGGCACAGGAGUUCUCUUCCCAAAGCACGGCUCCAAGCUUGGCCGUUGGGGUGUACUAUCUCAUCCUGCCUUUGCUGGUGAUUCUCGGCAUAGUGCUGCUCUCUUUGCUGGUCGUGCACUUGCUGGUGCCUUCGGGCCAGCGCUUGGGCUUCGCUUUCAACGAAGCUGGACGCCGCCAUCGCAGGAAGGCCAAGGCUAUGCAAAGCCUGCGUGAGGCAAUGGAUCAGGUGCUGGGUGAGGCUUUUCCGAAGACGUCCGACAUUCCUGCCGUUGCUCCGACAUCGACCGCUCCCGCCGUCACCUUCUCUUGGGUCGACCUCGAGCGCUCGGGCGCCUUGCAUUUCGACACCGUGGCUCAGGUGCAGCGGGCAGCCGAGGAUCUCGACGCCUUCCUUUGCAACACGUUCGUUGGAUCCCGGGAGCUCCUCCUGAGGGCUUGCGCCGCCCGAGCGGCCCAACUUCGGCCGCAGGCCGAGGCGCAAAAGGUGCACGAGGAGCUGGCGCAGGAUGUCCCGCUUGCACAGGCAGAUCUGCGGCCUUUCCUGACGACUGAUUUUGCCACGCAGUUCGAGAAUUUCACCAGCAUGCUGGACAUGGUCUUGGAUGAAGUGCAGACCGGCGUCGCCUUCACCGGCGCUGAAGCUUUGGAAGACUCCGAACAGAACGACGCAAAGGAGCAUCUCAAGGAGGGCUCAGAGCCUUCAGCUGGCUGCGAGGCGCCUGAAGGCGCUUUGCGGGCUGCGGACGACGCGCCGCACGAGGUGCAGAUUGCGGUAUCGAAGCACGACUUGAGCCCCAUGGUGGAUACGGUGGUGGAGACGCUGAAUUUCGGCCUGUUCUCAGCGGCACCUCGCCUCGGCGAGCUCUUGAACCAGAGUGUUCCCAUCAUCUGGGUGAGCCUGGUCUCUCUAUGGCCUGGGCUGCUGUCCAGCUUCCUUCAGAUUAUCUGGUGUGUUCCAGUGCCGGAAGACGAUGUCAUCGUGAACCGACUGCUGCCCAACCCCUCCGUCAUUUGCUGGUCCGACGAGCACUUCGUCUCUGCCCGCAUCGCGAUUGCCGGGCUUGUGGUUUGGUGCGUUGGCAUCCCGCUGACGCUGGCCGUCCUGCUGCUGCGCAUCCCAGACAGACAGGCUCCAGAGAACUUCAGGCGCUUCGGCUACUUCUUCCAGGGCCUGGAGCCGAAAUUCUGGUGGUGGGACCUCCUCGUGAAACGUUUGGACCUCGCCUCAGAAGCUUUGAGGGACGUGGCCUUGAUGAUGCUUCUCACCUACACUUCGGUCGUGCCGGAUCCGAAGGGCAAGCUCAUGCUCUUCCCCGCCCUCUCCGGCUUCCAGGCGCUUGUGGCGGCCUGGGUCAAGCCCUACGCGAACGACCAAGCCGAAAUCCUUGAUGUUGUGGAGGCCAUGUUGGAUGUUUAUUGCUACUUACACUGA